AUGGGGGAACCACAAAUGGAUGGCGAUCAGUCACCUGUUAUCUCAGAUACUGAUAUGAUGGAUUGCCUGAAUUUGGAUGGCUAUGGAGAUGUUGAAGAUCCCCACAAGGAGCGUGCAAAAGGGGAGCGGCAGCCUUCUGGCAAAGUUGAUGAACUGCAGUCUACUAUGGAUUUGGAUUUGACAUGUAUAACAUCUGUGGAAGAUGAAGGGCAUGAAAAGCAGAAUGCUAUGGAUGUGGAUUUGAAAGAAAUACUGCCUGAGGAAGAUGAAGGGAAAGGAAAGGCUUCUUCAGAUCUACCCUCACAUGUACCAGUUGAUUUCGAUGUUGCAAGCCUCGAGAAGUUUUGCAAAGAAGCAUCAAGAUCAUUUUUCAGUGAAACUGGACUGGUUAGCCAUCAGAUAAACUCAUACAAUCAUUUUGUCUCCCAUGGACUCCAAGAGCUCUUUGAUUCUUUUGGGGAAAUCACUGUGGAGCCUGAUUAUGACCCUUCAAAUAAAGAUGGUGCUUGGAAACAUGCAACUGUUAAAUUUGGUAGGGUUAAGCUUGGUGAGCCAGUGUUUAUGGUUGACAACUCUGAUCUUGAACAGCAAGAUCUCAAAUUUAAGCCUAGACAUGCUCGCCUCCAGAAGAUGACAUAUGCGUCCACGAUGAAUGUAGAAAUGACUGUUCAGGUUUAUAUACUCGACAAAAGUGACAAAGCCAAAACUGGUAAGGAUACACAUGUUCAUAGAAGAGAUAUAAUGACAGAAACUAAACAAGUCAGCAUGGGAUUGUUACCUGUGAUGGUGAAGUCAAAUUUGUGCUGGCUGCAUAAACUUCAAGAAAGUGAUUGCCAGUUUGAUUUUGGUGGCUACUUUGUGAUCAAAGGAACAGAAAAGGUAUUCAUUGCUGAAGAGCAAAGGUUUUUAUCAAGGAUUUGGGUCACAGACCGCCCUAGCUGGAAUGCAAGUUACACGUCUCAAAUCAGACGAGAAAAGAUCGAUAUAAAACUUGUUCCGUCCAAACGCAAUGAAAUCUGCAAAGUCAUAAACAUUUACUUCAUGGGUACGAUUAUGCCAAUUUGGGUAGUAUUUUUUGCACUUGGUGUAUCGUCAGACAAGGAAGCUUUUGAUAUGAUUGAUAUCCUAGACUGUGAUGCUUCCAUAGUCAACAUAAUAUCAUCAACUAUUAAAGAAUCUCAUGAAGAAUAUGAAGGCUUCCGCACUCCAGGUAGAGCCCGUCAAUAUGUUGAUGAGCUGAUCAGAAAAUCAAAGUUUCCACCCAAAGAAUCCUUUGAUCAGUAUAUUUGUAGGUAUAUGUUUCCUAGUGUCAAUGGGUUCAGGAGCAAGGCACUUUUCUUGGGUUACAUGGUCAAAUGUCUGCUAAUGGCAUACUCUGGCAAUCGAAAAUGUGAUAAUAAGGAUGAUUUCCGUAAUAAGAGGCUAGAUCUUGCCUGCCAAUUGCUUCGGAGAGAACUCUGGACUCAUAUUAAGAGAGCAGAAAGACGCAUGGUUAAGCUCAUGCAGAGAGAUUUGAGCAAUGAUGGCAGCUUGCAAGACCUUAGGCGUUAUGUGGAUGCAUCAAUUAUUACCAAUGGAUUGAACCGAGCCUUCUCCACUGGUUCUUGGCAGCAUCCUUUUAAAAAAGAAAGGUGUUCAGGGGUUGUAGCAACCCUUAGGAGAACAAAUCCACUUCAAAUGAUGUCUGAUCUGAGGAAGACGCGACAGUGGUUUGCGUAUUCUGGAACGGUUGGAGAUGCAAGAUACCCGAAUCCAUCCUACUGGGGAAAAUUAUGUUUUUUGUCCACCACUGAUGGUGAAAAAUGUGGAUUUGUGAAAAACCUUGCUGUGACUGCUGUGGUUAGCUCUGUAGUGAGGAAACCGUUGAUUGAUACAUUUGUUUCUUGUGGAAUGAAGAAACUGAAUGAUAUUUCUCUGCAAGAUAUUUCUGGGAAAUUCAGGAUCUUCUUGAAUGGAGACUUGCUUGGAGUAUGUGCAGACCCACACGAAUUGACUUCGCGUUUAAGAAGCUUGAGGCGUAGCAAGCUAAUUGAUCCUCAGGUUGAAAUCAAAAUGGACAAGCACCAUAAAGAAGUUCGUGUAUUUUCUGAUCCAGGCAGAAUUCUAAGACCACUUCUUGUAGUUGAAAAUCUGAGAAGAAUCACAAGACCAAAAGAUGGACUAUACUCUUUUCAGGAACUUAUGGAUCAAAACAUAGUUGAGUUGAUUGGUGUUGAAGAAGAGGAGGGCAUCCGAUGUGCAUCUGGAAUUAGACAUCUAUUCGCAGGGGAGAAAGAAGACGGGUCUUCUGGCUAUACUCAUUGUGAACUUGAUCCUUCUUUCUUGCUAGGGUUGAGUUGCAGUCUCAUUCCCUUUGCCAACCAUGAUAACGCUAGGAGGGUUCUGAUGCAAGCUCAAAAGAUAUCCCAGCAGGCUAUUGGCUACUCUCCCACAAAUUCUCACACUAGACUCGACACCCUUUCACAUCAAAUCUUCUAUCCACAAAGACCCUUGUUUAAAACUGUGGUGUCCUAUGGUCUUGGAAAGGCAGAGACAGCCUACAGCUUUGGACAAAAAGAUGACUUUAAUACACCAGAAUAUUUCAAUGGCCAAAAUGCAAUAGUCUCAGUCAACGUUCAUCAGGGAUUCAACCAAGAAGAUUCUCUGGUGCUGAAUAGGGCCUCUUUAGAGCGUGGCAUGUUUCGUACACUACAUUUCAAGAGCUAUAAAGCACAGGUCGAAAACAAAGAGAUCACAAGGCGUCUCAAACACAGGGAAAGUAUCAAUUUUGGUAAAGUGCAAAGCAAGAGAGGGAAGGUUGACAGUCUGGAAUGUGAGGGUUUACCAUAUGUUGGAGCAAGUCUUCAAAGUGGUGACAUUGUCAUUGGAAAGGUCUCUGAGUCUGGUGAAGAUCAUAGUGCCAAACUGAUGCAUACUGAGCAAGGGAUGGUGGACAAGGUAGUUCUUUCAGCGAAUGAUGAUGGGGUGAACUUUGCAACUGUUACUCUAAGACAGUCUCGCUCGCCAUGCGUCGGAGACAAGUUUGCCAGCAUGCAUGGACAGAAAGGAGUGGUUGGCCUAUUGGAUUCCCAGGAGAAUUUCCCAUUUACUUGCCAAGGGAUAGUUCCAGACAUCGUCAUAAACCCACAUGGUUUUCCAACUCGUCAAACUCCUGGUCAGUUGCUUGAAGCUGCUCUGGGGAAGGGGAUUGCCAUGGGUGGGAAGGUCAGGUAUGCAACACCGUUCACCACUCCAACCGUGGACGUGAUCACCGAACAGCUGCACAAGGCUGGGUUUUCAAGGUGGGGUGAGGAGAGCGUCCUGAAUGGGCAGACCGGCGAGCGGAUGAAGUCCCUGGUGUUCAUGGGGCCGACCUUCUACCAGCGGCUGGUCCACAUGGCGGAGGACAAGGUGAAGUUCCGGAACACGGGGCCCGUGCACCCGGUGACGCGGCAGCCAGUGGAGGACAAGAAGCGGUUCGGCGGCGUCAAGUUCGGGGAGAUGGAGCGGGACUGCAUGCUCGCCCACGGCGCCGCCGCCAACCUCCACGAGCGGCUCUUCACGCUCAGCGACUUCUCACAGAUGCACAUCUGCCAGGCCUGCGAGCGGGUGGCCAACGUGAUCAUGAGGCCCGCUGAGGGCGGCAGCAAGAAGGUGCGCGGCCCCUACUGCAUGUUCUGCCGCUCCGCAGAGCGCAUCGUCCGCGUCAACGUGCCCUACGGCUCCAAGCUGCUGUACCAGGAGCUCUUCAGCAUGGGCAUCUGCCUCAAGUUUGACACCGAGUUAGGUAUACAAGACUCAGGUGCUGUUGAUGAUGUGAUUCUGGGUUGUGAAAUGGCAUUUGGCAUUCUUGUUUGUGAUGUGGCGAGGCAGGAAUUUCAGUUCCUGCAGCCUCAGCCUGGGAGUGUGAUUGAUCAGAAACUCAACGAGGAGGUUCACAUCGACGGAAGGCUCACCGACGCGCGGAUGUUUGUAGGCGGCGGUGAUCUACAAAGAGAGAAGAACUCCGGGCAGAGGAAGGGCUCGACGGUUACCACUGCGUUCAUCAGGGUGGUCCUUGAUGGCUACUACGCCGGCAGGUUCAAGGCGGACUGGCAGAGGGAAAACGGUGGCGGCGGCGGCGGCGGUUUCAACUCGAGGAAGAUGAAGAAGGGCUGGAGGCGUUGCUAG